AUGGCCGAAAGCGAGGCAGAUACGCCGAGCACACCGAUUGAGUUUGAGAGCAAAUACUUCGAGUUUGAUGGAGUGCGGCUGCCGCCCUUCUGCAGGGGGAAGAUGGAGGAGAUCGCCAAUUUCUCCCUCAGAAGUAGUGACAUAUGGAUCGUCACGUACCCAAAGUCAGGCACCAGUCUGCUUCAAGAGGUUGUGUAUUUAGUAAGCCAGGGAGCAGACCCAGAUGAAAUCGGCCUUAUGAACAUUGAUGAACAGCUGCCGGUCUUAGAGUACCCCCAACCUGGACUGGAUAUCAUACAGGAGCUGACAUCCCCUCGUCUGAUAAAAAGUCACCUUCCCUACCGAUUCCUCCCGACAGCAAUGCACCAUGGAGAAGCCAAGGUGAUCUACAUGGCUCGCAACCCUAAAGACCUGGUGGUGUCCUACUACCAGUUCCACCGCUCUCUUAGGACCAUGAGCUACCGGGGAACCUUCCAGGAGUUCUGUCGCCGUUUCAUGGAUGACAAGUUGGGAUAUGGUUCCUGGUUUGAACAUGUUCAGGAAUUUUGGGAGCAUCGUAUGAACGCGAAUGUCCUCUUCUUGAAAUAUGAAGAUAUGUACAAGGACCUGGGGACAUUGGUGGAAAGGUUAGCCAGGUUCCUGGGUGUUUCCUAUGACAAGGCUCAGCUGGAAGGCAUGGUGGAGAGCUGCAACCAGCUCCUUGAGCAGUGCUGCUCCAUGGAGGCACUGUCCAUCUGCAGGGGUCGUGUGGGGCUGUGGAAGGAUGUCUUCACAGUGUCUAUGAAUGACAAGUUUGACACGGUCUACAGACAGAACAUGGGCAAGUCAGACCUGACCUUUGACUUCUGUCUCUGA